GUGAUAUGACGUGAAUCGUGAAACAGUAUCCCUCUGACCGUCGUCGGGGUCGGACGUGACGCUCUGUGAAAUAAGAAUCGUACGUUCGCGAGUAUUAUAUAUUAUAUAACAUUGUGUAGUUAGUUCUGGUGAACUGUUUAUAGAGGAAUGACAUUACCGCUGAUUUGAAAGAAUGCCCAAGUUACUGACGAAUCAGGAGGAUGCGUAAUGAUGCUUCAACGAGGACAAUAUAAAGUGCUAUCGCGUUAUGUGAUGUGAACAGUAUGACCAGGUGGUUGGCGAUGGUGACGUUGGUAGUGGUGGCGGGGGCGGUGCGGGGAUGGGACUGUGUGUGCAAUCCUAGGGAGUGUGAGGCCUUAGAGCCAAGUGGGUGUCCAGGGUUAGGCAUAGUUGUAUGGGAUCCUUGCAGAUGCUGCAAAGUGUGCGCAAGAACACUCGGUGAGGAUUGCGGCGGAUUCAGCGGAACCUGUGAACCCGGCUUAAGGUGUUACGAAGGUUCGUGUACACCGAUAACGUGAACACAAUAACGAAUUGACAUUUGUGAUCUGUAAUAUAUGUGCAUAGCUAUGUUAGAACACGAGACAUAUCUUCAACAAUGUAACCAACGAACGGACCAGAGUAAACAAAGGUAUGGAGUCAGAGAUAAAAAAAGGUCUAGGGUUGAUAAUAAAUUAUUUAUUCCAAGUGCGUUUUAAGGUAAAACACGAUGAGAGAAAAUUUGAAAUUGGAACGCACAUAACAUAAAAGGAAAUAUUGAUGUCGGAUAACCUUCUUUUUUUGCUAUCACAUCAUGACCUGAUUUAAAAACCGAAUGUGAAAUCGUCACAUUAACCGUGACUUUAUUUUGCAUUUGCGUCAUGACUUUUGUUGAAGAUUAAGCGUUAAGUUUCUAUGUACAUACAUUUGUAAGAUAAAAAUAAAUAUUUUACUACAUACGUAAGUAAGAUUGCCUUUAUAUAAGAUCCUUGCAUUUAAACAUUUUUGUUAAUGGAAAAUCUUUUCAGAAUAAAUGACAUUCAUUUGGGAUGAGUGCAAAGAGAAUUGUAAAUUAUAAAAUCAAAUAUAUUUAAACAUAGCUUCAGUAGGAGAUGAAUUUGAAAAACAUUUGCCAUUUCGUGAGAUAAUUUCGUUCCGUUAUUUGCUAACAGAUCAAGUUUAUCUUGAAAGUAAAUAAAAGCCGAUUUUAUGUUACAAUUCGCUUUAUACAUAACCAAAAGUUAAUUUGAUUUAAAAUAUCUUGUUUGUUUUAUAAUAUUUAACAUAAUUUCAUUCAAAUCGAAAUGAAUGGUAUUGUAUUAAUUAGUCUGUGAUUCUAUUUAAACGAAUCGUUAUGUUAUAAAUAUUCAAUUUGUAUUGUAAAAUUUGAUUGAUCAAAUUCUCUACA